GUUUAUCGGAAGGAUACCUUUGCUGAAAACAAGAAAUGAAAUAAAUUGUUUCUUAUUACGAAGAUGAUGAUUCACUCAUAAUUAUACGUAAAGCAAUGAAGACAGCGUGAAUAAUUUGAUGGCAAAGUUAUGAUGGCAAUCACUUAUUCGUUAAAUUAUCAACUUUUCCAACUACAAAAAAUCGAGAAAUGUGGAAUGGAAAAGCAAAAUGGAUGGAGAGUGGAUAGUGAGGAUGAUUUGAACGUCCACCUGUGAAGGACCUUGGUCAGAAUCGUGUUGGGAAACUCGCAAACUAAUUUGCAUGGUAGAUGUGAACCUCCAGUCGGUGAGGGCGGUGAAAAUACAGUUUUCACCGUAGACCAUCCACUAUAUCGUGUGAUGAUUAUUGAGGAUUCUGCGGCUUAGGUGGGAUGGACACUAUCUAUCGUGUUAUAUGGUAAUUUAGUUUUUGAUGUGCUAACAUAUUGGUUGAUGUUAUCGAAAUUUUCCGUUGUAGUCACAGCGUAAAUUUUAACACGAAGAAAGUGGGGGAUUUGAUCAAACAAAAACAUCUGUAUCCUUCAUAAGUCUUGAGAGAUGAAUUAUCUUUAAUUGAGAUGGUUUUCGCUGCACGUGUUUCAUUUCCAACUGAAGGUCAAUUGCUACUUCAAUAAAUGCAGUCGUAUCCCCCCCCCCCUUAACUGAAACUCCCGCUCCGCACGUGAACUCUAUAUUCUAACCGUCUGUUACUCACCCGUCUCUCCCCUCGUUGGAAGAAUCGAGUGGAGAAUUCAGUUGAUACACUCGUGAUUCUACUGCGCAGGCCACUGCGCAUCUUACUGCGCAACCAAGUGUUGGUGUCUAACCGCAGUCAUUGUGUACAGACGCGAAAUCAUGGCUGAUAAAUAUUGUUGACCUAAUGAAUGUAAUAGUUGACAUUGGAUUGAGAUAAACAAUAUUCCCAUCAGCUGCAAAAGAUGUCGAGGAAGGAUUCAAAACGCUUGACGAUUGAGGAUCGUGCAAGAAUUAUUGAACGAUUGGAAAAUGGGGGAACAGUAUGUAAACUUGCUGAUGAGUACGGUGUGACACCGUCGGCCAUAUCACAAUUAAAGAAGAAUAGAGAAAAUAUCUUACUGCAAAAACAAAUUCUGGAACAAUGUGGAUCCAGCACGAAACGGAAGAGAUACACGGGCAUCGAGUCUACAGCAAGGGAGAAGUCUUUGUAUACGUGGAUGACCCAGAAACGUGAUGUUGGUGAUGCUAUCACAGGACCAACCUUGGUAAAGCAGGCGUUGGUCUUCAACCAGGCACUACAAGGGUCUUGUAGUUUCAAAGCAAGCGCUGGCUUUCUACACAAAUUCAAAAAACGAUAUUCUCUAAAUGCUACGACCAUGCAACGGGGAAAAUCUUCAGCUGGGUCUGUAACCAGGGACGAAUUCAGCCAAUGGUUUCCUGAAUUCUGUCGAGAGCACGGUUUUGGCUUAGACCAAGUGUAUCGGGCAGGUGAGACAGAAUUAUACUGGAAAAUGCUUCCUAAUUGCCCUUCGGUAAAGUCGACUGACUACCAAGCUUCAGAGAGGAGAGUACCGAAGGAUCGCGUCACCGUCAUGGUCUGUUCUAAUGUAAGUGGUACACAUAAGAUACCGUUGUUGGUCAUUGGGAAGUCUCAAAUGCCGCGACGCUUCGAAAGUAUUAGGUACUUAUCAGUGGAAUGCAGAAGGCAGAAAAGCGGAGGAAUCACGAAAGAUCUUACACUUGACUGGUACAAGACCAUUUUUCUUCCAGCUAUAAGAGAAAAGCAUGAGGGUCAGAAGAUCGUUUUAGUUUUAGAUAAUUCCCCCAUUUAUCCCAAGGUCGAGGAAUUUGAAGUUCUCAGUGGUGAUAUGUGUACAGUAAUCGUUCCCCUGCAAAAUCAACCAAUUCAAGCGAUGGAUCGGGGGGUCAUCGGAAAAAUGAAGAAAGUUUAUAAGAGAAAUCUGCUUCGUAUUGCGUUGACAUCUGACACUGAUCAUGGUGCACCGGACGCAAUCGAGAUGAUUAGCAUGUUCGAUGUGUGCCAUUCACUCGCUCAUUCCUGGGAUCAAGUGACUCAAAGAGAUAUCAGAUAUGGCUGGGGGCGGGAAUUUCCUCCGAGUGAGGAACAUUCAGAGUCAGUCGAUUCUGAUGAGUUGUCAGGACGUCAUAUUCUGAAUUUAGUGCGGGCUCUUCCAGGCUGCAGUGAAGCCACAGAUGAAGACAUCGAAGAGUGGCUAAACAGUGAUGCGCGAGAUCCAGAAUGGGAAAUGGUACCACCACAUGAAGAUGUCAAGGAGGAGAAGUGUGAUGAAGAGAGGGAAGUGUCAGAGGACGAAGGAGUGUUUGGUGAAUGUGAAGCUCUGAAAGCCCUGAAUUACGUGAUGGGAUGGUAUCGAACUACGCAGGAAUGUACUCCAAUAGGAAUGGGGGUUCUUGGAGGCAUGAAGGAACAAUUGAUUACCACUAUUUCAUCUUCUAAAAUUGAAAAAAUAAAUAGUUCUCAUAACGAUAUGAAAAAAUGAAUGGUAAAUUUUUUUGAUAAAAUCGAUAAUUACUGUGAUUUCUCAUUAAAAGCAAAUCAUUAUUAGUUUUAUAAAACAUGACCUUGAAUUUCAGUGGCUUGAAUGAAACAUUCUUCUGUAGUGAUUGAAUGCAAAAAGCUCAUUCAGUUCCGACUCUAUGUGAUUUAAAUUUUGGACCCUUUCGCUCGAACUCGACCUUCAUCAGUGCGAGUUUAAACAAAAUAAAAAUCUCCGACAAAUUCGACAUAACUGAAAGUAGCCAUUGUAUUUUUUUUUAGAUUUAUAUUGACUCUCAUUUUAUUGAAAAGAACAACCUUCGAAAAAGUGACACAUGUCAUUACUUUAUUUUUGAAGUGAGCACAUGAUGUAUAAAGAUCCGUCUGAUU